AUGUGUACAAAUUUGCCUAAUCUGCCUAGGUCCGUCUCAGGUGGUUUUCAUAGUUAUACCAAGAUUUCAAAGUAAUGAAGAUUUUAAGUAGGUCGGGGAUGUAGCGACUGCCAUAGUGAAGCAAGUAAACAAUUAAAGUGUUAAAGGUUUUUAGUUUCGAGUUGUAAAUUGUAAAAUAUGAAAUUCGCUUUGAGUUAUGUGUUGGUGCUCGUAUGGAUUGCAUACCUAAUUUCGUCGGGUGUGUACUUGUUUUCGCGUGGUUUUUUGUUGUCCCGAGUUAGUAAGACGGACGUUAGUACAUGCCGGCAUCUGUCAACAGAUCCAAAUGACGAAUACUAUCUCACGGAGGAAGUAGUGCAGGAAAUAUUCAAAGAUGUCAACGCAUCUUCAAAUUUGUGUCUUCCCCAAAAGUCCAAAGUAAUAAUCUUAGUUAUUGAUGCCCUUAAGUAUGAUUUCGGUGUUUACAAAGAGAAUCAUACACGUCCCCUGCCUUAUGAAAACAAAUUAAGCAUUUUUAGAGACUUGUCCUUAAAUAUGCCCGAAUAUACACGUCUUAUGCGCUUUAAGGCGGAUCCGCCGACAACAACACUGCAGCGUUUAAAAGGAUUAACCACAGGUACUUUGCCGACAUUUGUAGACAUUGGCUCCAACUUUGCAUCUCCUGAGAUAAAUGAGGACAAUAUCGUAGAUCAGAUAGUAAAAAGUGGAUUGCCUGUCGUCUUCAUGGGUGAUAGUACAUGGACAGAUUUAUAUCCAAAACGUUUUAGACGUUCAUACUCGUACCCAAGUUUUGACAUAUUUGAUUUAGACACUAUUGAUCGUAAAAUUGAAACCCACUUGCCAAAGGAGAUGCAGAAGAAUGAUUGGCAAGUACUGAUAGCACAUUUUCUGGGAGUAGAUCACUGUGGUCAUAAACACGGUCCUCUACAUGAAGAGAUGUCUAGAAAGUUGACUGAAAUGAAUGAAGUUAUUAGAAAUGUGGCAUCUCAGAUGGAUGAGCAAACAACUCUACUUGUCAUGGGCGAUCAUGGCAUGACAAUAUCUGGUGAUCAUGGUGGAGACUCUGAAGAAGAAACAAAUGCGCUUUUAUUUGCAUACACAAAAAAGUCAAAAUUUAUCAACUAUGAUUUUAUAUCGGACAAUGAAGUUAUGCAGCAGAUCGAUCUGGUACCCACUCUUGCCACCAUAUUGGGUAUACCUAUACCGUACUCCAAUUUGGGACUAAUAAACUUUAAUAUUGUUCCCGAUGUUGUCGUACCCCAUAUGAACAAAUUGCAAACAUUUAUAAUUCACGCAUGGCAGAACGCCCAACAAAUCUAUACAUAUUUCUACAACUAUGCUUUGGAAAACAAACGCAGUUUCAAUGUCGAACAAAUGGAUCGUAUGGACACCGAAUUCAUACUUCUGACACACCGCGUGAAAUCAAUAUAUACUGAGGCCGCUCUAAAGUCAUUUAUCGGUGAUCUCAAUGUGCACCUCAGACAAAUUCUGAGUACGUGUCGGGAGUUGUGGGUAAAAUUCGAUGCCACACAAAUGUCCCAGGGUUUGCUGUUUACGUUUUUCUCCGCAUUCUUUUCCUAUGUUCUAAUUAACAAUACACCAGCGAAUAAAUUAUCGCAUAUAUUCACUAUCAAGGAGAUGGGCUAUACAUAUUUGUUGAACUUGGCUGCAGGCGUAUUUGGAUAUCGUUACUAUAAAAACUUUUCCUUUAAAACCGAAGAGCAUGCUAUAAUAUUUUUUACUAAUGUUAUAAGCACCUUGGUGCUUGUUUUCCAUAUGCUGCAGAACUGGUAUAUUAUAGCAAUAAACUGGUCGAAAGUUAAGAGAUUCGCUAAUAUGCCUACCCGCGUCAUUCUCAUUAUAUUAAUGGCAGUGUUCUUUUCCAAUAGUUUUGUAAUUAAUGAAGGGAGAGUCUUGGCGUAUCUACUUGUGGCUGUUGUCAUGUUGAUGGCUUAUGAAUUAUUGCAGAAAUGUGUGAGGGUUGAUUUCAGGAAUAAAUUUAAAGCACAACAAUUCAUGAAAUCAACUGCGUUGAAACUAUUGCUGGCGACGAUUUUAGCCGUUUCCUUAAUUCGUUUUGCGACAACUUUAUUUCGAUGCCGUGAAGAGCAGGGCAACUGUACGGAUUUUAAUUACAACAAUACUUCUGCUGGUGGCUUCUCAUUUAAGAGACCCUCGAGUGCCAAAUCCUAUAUCGCAUCCAUUGUAACUGUGGUCGUGUAUACAACGCUUAGUAGAAUUUAUUUACGCUCUUGCGGAAAUUUGACUGGCACAUCUGUGAACAUAAUAUUAGCUCGUUAUGGGCCCACUGUUGCUAGUAUUUGCGCUGGCGGCCAUAUAUUGCUGUCCAAUAGUUCCAUUAAAAAUAUUGAACGAACACAUAUUGAUGCAAUGGCUUUAGUAAUAUAUGCUUUGUUUGUUGUUCAAAUAGUCGUUGUGUUAAUUUCGCCCCUAAUGGUGUAUGUCGUGCCGCCGAAGAACUCAUCAACCAUUACCAUAAAUCAGAGAGAGAGUAUUAUCCCUGAGAUAUUUAAAAAAAUGAAGAGCAUAUACCAUGGCGACGACGUGGAAAGACGGGCGGAAAUUCCAGUUGUCUACGGCCUAGCAACAAUUUAUUCAUCAGUCAUCAUUUCAUUCGGCACAUUCCUCGCUAUGGUAUUGAUUGUACUUCUUGAUCCGAGAUCGUGUUCUGGCAUCGUUGUCUGUAUCGCUGUAGCUGCCAUAAUGCUUUCCUUGAAUUCUGUAUUGCGUUAUAGAACGGCUUUGAGUUUGGAGACAUGUCUACAACCCACAUUUACCGUUAUUGUUGGAUGGUUUUUAUUGGGAAACUUUUGCUUUUUUGCCACAUCACAUCAGACAACGCUUUCGCAAAUUGAUUGGCGUGCUGCAUUUGUUGGUAGGACAACGAAUAUUGGACAAUCACACUUCGUAUCCGGCAUUUUAGUUACACUAAAUACCUUUUGUGGCCACAUUCUUUUCUCCUGCAUGUAUGGCUUGCUGGCAGUAGAGACAUUCUCUAUUUUCGCCCUAUUUCCCAGUCUAAUAAAAACGAACGCGAAUAGAGAGCGAAAAGCAGAAACUGUUGGACAUAUAAGGCAAUCAUCAGGACAAACUACUUCCACUUCCGAUCGUUCUUUAAGCGAAAUUUCCUAUGAAUGCGUUGGUUUCGACAUGACACGCGGCGAAUUCGUUCUGUUUGAAAAUGAAUCCACAUUUAUUGGUGGAUUGUUUAAACUUGCUAUCCAACUUUACAUUUUGCAAGGUGUAAAGAUAUUCUGUGCUAUGUUAGCAUGUACCAUUCAUUGCCGCCAUCUUAUGGUAUGGAAAGUGUUCGCCCCGCGAUUUAUAUAUGAAAGUAUUGCAACAUUUGUCUCCUUGCCAGCAAUCAUAAUUGGAUUUCUGCUGGUCCUUCGUAUUCAUAAAAGCCUUAAAACAUUAAUAACUAAAAUUAAUAAAGACAAGUAAAUGCCGAUAAAAACAA